AUGCCACCUGUGCCCCCUGCUCGGGUCAGUCAAAUCCACAAAGUUCUCAGCUCAACUCCAAACCAUCUGCCACCCUCACUGGGCCAAACCAAUAGUUCUAGCUCCAGAGUGGGACCAGGCCUGAGCCGCAGGCCGAGAGGUGUGUUACUCGAUGAGGACUCUUGCCAUAAUACCUCUGACUCAGUGUUUGGUCACCAUGGCAACGUGGGGGGUAGGCCAGGAUCAGCAGACUUCAGCCACAACACGUCCAGCUCCAACUCCCCUGUCAAUUUCAGAGACUCAGUCGAUUGUCAGCCACGCUCAGCCAGUCUGUCCAGCGAUGACAUCAUGGGUCUCAGCCGAUCGCAGCUGACUCUGUCACGUAGCUCCACCCUCCCAUACGACCAGACGCCCCAGAGGGCCCAGCCUCAGCGGGGAGGCGGAGUCAAGACCAAGACUCGCUCAUCUUCACCUGGGAGUCAGAUGGUGACACUGGAAGAGUUUCUACAAGAGAGCAACGUACAGUCCCCUCCUAUGGUAAGAAGUCUGUGUGUGUGUCUGUGCUUAUAUUUGCAGCUUAGUGAGGACCAAAAAGCAUAUAAUCCACAGGGAGUGAGGACAUUUUGGCUCAUUUGGGGGUUAUGA